AUGCAAGAUACUGAGUAUACAAAUGAAUGGGUCAAUUGGAUUGAGGAAGCUGUUGAUAAAGAAUAUUUUAAAUAUUAUGAAUACAAUCAAUUUAAUAAUAUCCAACCUAUUGGUACUGGAGGUUUCGGAAAAGUAUAUCGUGCAAAUUGGAAAAAUUCAGAAAAACAAUUUGCGUUAAAAUCAUUUUUUAGUCUUGAUAAUAUCACCGUGAAAGAAAUCGUCCGUGAGUUAAAAAUUCAACGAGAUGUUGAUUUUCAUGAUAACAUUAUUCGUUGCUAUGGGAUAACAAAGCUUGAGUCAGAUAAUCAUAAUAAUUAUUGGUUAGUAAUGGAGUACGCCGACGGUGGUAGUCUUCGAUGUUAUUUGAAGAAAAACUUUACCAAACUUUCUUGGGACGACAAAUAUAAAAUGGCAUACCAGUUAUCUUGCGCUUUAUCAUGCUUGCAUAACGAAGGAAUAGUACAUUGUGAUUUGCAUUCUGGUAAUAUACUUGUCCGUAAUAAUACAAUCAAAUUAGCAGAUUUCGGAUUAUCAAAAAGAAUUGGAGCAUCAUCCAAUGUUCAAUCUAAAUUAUUUGGUGUGGUUCCUUAUAUUGAUCCAAAAAGCUUUAGUAAACGAAGAAAUAAUAAUAAUAAUAAUGAAUCAACACAAGCGUACUCAUUAAAUGAAAAAAGUGAUAUUUAUAGUGUUGGCGUAUUAUUAUGGGAAAUAUCUAGUGGGCAACCUCCUUUUUAUGUUGAAGGUGAACAUUAUGAUAUUAGUUUAGCUUUGGAUAUUUUACAAGGUCUUAGAGAAACUGUUGUUCCUGAUACUCCUGAUGAAUAUGUUAAAAUUUAUACCAAAUGUUGGGAUGGGGAACCAGAUAAUCGUCCAACAAUAUAUCAAGUUGUUGAUUGGCUAAAUGCAAAGAUUGCAAAAAUAGAUAUAAUAAUAGAAAAUCGUCAAAUAUCAAAUGAACAAGAGGCUAAUUUAAGUACUAAUAAUUCAGAAUUACCAGGAGAUUUAUCUCAACUUAUUCAAAAUUUCGAUAAAAUGAAUACAAAAGAAAUUGAUUCUCAUCAAAUAACAAAUGAAUUAGAACUUAAUGAGACUUCUUUAAGUACUAAUAAUUCAGAAUUACAAGGAGACCAAAAUUUUGAUAAGAUGAAUACAAAAGAAAUUGAUUCUAUAUCAAUAUCAAGUAAACAAGAAAAUCAUUCAAUUGAAAAAGAUUUUAACGUUAUAAUCGAUGAAAUAAUUGAUUUUAUUUAUAAAUUAAAUAAUA